GUGGGUUGAAACGGUACCAUCAGAUUCGAAGCCGAUGUAAUCUCUUGUUAGCGAAAUAAAUUGGACAAUUCUCAGUAUCACUUGGUAAUAAACGAAUUCUUGUGUUUUUAUUCGGUUCUUGUUCGAAUUAAAUUGAUGACAGUGCUCUCGCGUUCUACAAUGUUUUAGUCCUUGAUUUCGAUUGAAAAUUAAGAAUCUGAGGAAUUAUAUCGAGUACUUCUCCCUCACGGUGUUCGCAAACGACUCCCUCCGCAUACCGGAUAGUGAGGUGUUCCAGUGCAUUACGAUUGUUUGUAUCUAAUAAAGCUAAUUCUAAAAUGUGCAAAAUAUAUCUGAGCUCUUUGCUUAUGAUCACAUUGCUGACCCUGGAUUUAACGUACGGUACCGCUCGAUCAGAAGAUAAUCUCGACAUACGAAUACUGGCAGGCGAACCGAAUUAUAAAUCAGUAAAUUUAACAUGGGAGGUGGAGGCCCGAAACUCAAACGAUACCGAAAGCAUUGAAAAUGAGUUACCACAAACAUUUACGAUAUUCUAUUGUGAGCUUCAAUCAUUUGGACCACAUCGUUGCCGAUCAAAAGUAGUUGAUAACAAUGAACUUAUUCAAGGAGAGAAAACAAAGCAGUUUUCAACGCAAAUUGACAAUCUUCGAAUGGCAACAAAAUAUAGUUUUCACAUAAAACCUCAACUCAAACAUAAAUUACAAAAAAUUAGCGGAAGGGCCGAUAGCCGAGAUAAUGAAGUAGAGCCAGAAUCCAUGUUCAGUGGACAAACAAUCGUAAUACCAACUAAAGGAUUUUCCGCUCAAGCUACAAAAUGCCUCCCACAUGCUUCUGAAAUUGAAGUUGAAACCGGACCAUACUUCGGGGGAAAAAUCGUCGUUGAUGGAGGAAACUGUGGAAUUCAAGGAAAUCCAAAAGAUAUACGUGAUAAAUAUGUGAUGAGGAUAGAUCACAAUAAAUGUGGAAGUUUAGUUAAACCUCAAACGAAUACUGUCGAAACAUUCAUAACGGUUCAAGAAAAUUUAGGGAUAUUUACACAUAGCACGAGAAGGUUCGUCGUAGUAUGCACUUUCCAAUCUGGAAUUCAAACAGUCCGCGCUAGCUUCAGCAUACCCGGAAAAGGCAAAGCUUCCUCAGUGGUAAUCCCAGAAGAAUCAGAACGUAGCGGUCGAGAACGACAAUUCCGAAUGGUUGAUAAGAGUGCCUUAAUACUCAAGGAACAUGAUGAACCGGAAGUCGAUGAAAAGGUGGAAGAAGUUAAAGAAUCCCAAACAGUGCAACCGACCACACAAGUUUUUGAAUUUGAAGAUACUGAAAACGCGGUGGCAGUACGUGAAGAAAUCGUGCCAGGGGUCAAUGAAGCAGACAUCAAGUCCUUAGAUAUACCCGAGGAAAAUAUCCUAAAGGAAGCUCAACCAGAGCCAAAUCAACGAGUUAACUUUGCUAAGUUGAUUGACGAAACCUAUACCGUAAACGAGAGUACACCUAGAGCUAACUCUAGCAGCAGCUCCACUGGUCUUGUUAUUGCCACGUCUUUGUCUGUGAUCAUGGUUGGCGUAUUUAUCUACAUUUUGCAACGAGAAUAUCGACGCCAAAAAACAAUCAACCGAUUGACCAAGCAACGGCAAAUUAUAAAGAACCCUUAAACGAACCUUAGCCUAUAAACUCAUAUAAUAAGUACGCCUACAUAUAUAAACAAGUACCGUUCUCAUAUUAGACCUAAAUCUCCUUUUUAUGCUUAGUAAAAGGAAACAAGAUUUGAUUACGUCCACUUGUCUUGUCGAAACUUUGUCUUUUACUUAUACGAACAGAUAUCUCCUAAGCGGAGUGGAGAUAUCCUUUAACUUAUUUAUUGGAUGCGUUUAACAACUCCCGAUUUAAUCCUGCUUCGACUCAAGAUGACUGAACGUAAGGAAUCAAAUUGGAGCGAAAUUUUAUUCCAAUUGAUAUUUCCUGAGCGAAUACAUUUUAGUGUAUAGAAUAGAAACGAAAUGAUUAUCUUUAAUGAUGAAAGAGUGCAUUUUAUGUAAUUUAGACUUAUGCAAUGAUAAAUGCCUACCUGUAAACUUAACAAUUAUUGUA